AUGGAUUCAUUCCAAGAUGUUUCGGUCCCCCAAAUCGUCACAAAGGGCCGCCACACCUCAUGGCUUCGCAUGCUGUUCCACGUUGCUGGCUGCUUGCUCUUUACUCCCCUUUAUUGGGCUUUUGCCAUUCACUGUCGUUACCCUGUCACGCUAGAUCUCAUCUUGACUAUCCUCCUCACUGAACUGAAUCGACUGGUCAAUGAAGGCCGAAGGCUUCAGUUCUAUGAAGAGGAUCCAGAGCCAAUGACGCCCCCUCUGGAUGAGAAGUCUGAUUAUGGCUUUUUCGAUGAAAAGAAAGUAGGCUUCUCGGAGACGGAAAUUGUACUGCAGUCGAGGCUGGACAGCAUGGCUGCGGUGGUGGGAUGGCGCGAAGAUCCUGCUUUGUUUACCAGGGCAUUGGAGAGCUACAAGAGCGCCACGCAUUGCAAGUUUAUGCUUGUUGGCAUUGACGGAGACGACGUGCCUGACCAGGACAUGGUCGACGUCUUUAACAGUGUAUAUCCCACCCAGUCAAAGGUCAUCCAUGUUCCUCGGCCUCUUGGCGAGGUGGCAGAGCAGUUCAUUACCAAGCAUAUUUCCAUCUGCAAACAAAACGGUCAACCAGUCAACAUGAGCGAGUGCCAUGAAAUUGCCAUUCGGCACUGCUUCCAGCUUGUUCGAACCAUCCUCGAGCAGGAAAAGAUCGACCUCGCCCAUGUACGCCAUCUGUGCCUCCGCCAACGUCACAUGCACAAGAAGGGCAUCAUGUUCACCACAUUCAUCUUUGCUCUUGUUAUCGCUGACGUCCUGGGCAUCGAGUUCCUCUGGUCUUCCGACUCGGACACUCUGGUGUUCCCCGGCUCUAUCCAUAAGACCGUCGACGCCAUCGCCCACGACCCGACCAUCGGCGGUGCCAGUUCCGGCCUCGUCGUCCACAAUGGAUACGAGACCACUGUUACGAAUCUCGCCGCCACCGUCUACUGGGGCGAGCUGUAUCUGACCCGUUCAAUGCCUGCUUUCACCGCCACGAGCGACUGCCAGAGCGGUCCCAGCACCGUAUUCCGUCUCGCCGCAAUGCCCGCGAUCCUGAUCCCCUGGUAUCUCCAGAAGCUGAUGGGGAAGCGCAUGAUUAUCAACGAAGACCGCCAUCUCACCACCAACCUCCUCCUGCGCGGCUGGGGCGUGGUGUUUGCUUCCGACGUUCUUACUGCUACCGACACUCCUACGACGCUGGCACGCUGGCUGAAGCAGCAAGUCCGGUGGGCGCGCGCCACACACAUUGAGUCCUUGUUGCAACCCAAAGUCUACCUCAUCACGCACCCCCUUCUCUUCUAUAGCAUGAGCAAGCGCGAGUUUGGCCCCAUCAUCGCCUUUGUCGCCACCAUGUGGUACUUUUUCACCGGCGAGCGACUCAUCAUCGUCUUCGUCUCCGACCUGCUUGUGCGUAUCGUGGCCAGCGCCCUGUACAACCUCUUCCGCAACCCGCACCGCCUGGAACGCGCCUCUCUCAAGUGGAUCGUCCCCGGCAUGUUCUUCUACCACCUGCCGCUGCCCGCCGUCCACGUAUGGAGUCUGUUCACCCUGACGGCCGACGGCUGGGGCACGAGCAUGCGCAACAGCAGCGAGAUGGCAAAGAAGGACAGCGUCAGACAGGCGUGGUGGGAGACGGGCUUCUUUGUGGGCUGGAUGGGCGUGGUGGCUGGUUGUGUGGCCAGAUGGGUGGCGACGCGCAACGAGAUGCAGGAGAGGGAGAUUUUGGCGGCCAUGGUGGUGAGUUUUGCGGCGGCGGCUGCGGUGGCCUGGAGGUUUACCAUCCACCAAACGUCAUGA